AUCUGCACUAAUGAAUCAACAUUUUUCAACAGCAAAGUAUAUGAAGUUACCUGUAAUAUAUAUGAUAAAGAGAAUUACCUGUACAAAGGUAUUAUGGCAGAAAGGUCUUUUGGGAGAGAAGCUAGGAGAAGGAACCUAUGCAAAUUUAAAAAUAGAAUGCAAGAAACUUAAUUACUCUAUGACCGAGACUACCCUAAAGGAAGACUUGGUGACCUUAGAAGACAUUCGGAAACGUUAUUAUGUAAUGUACAAUAAUGCAAAGAAGUUCCGAAUCAAUCUCCCGCAGGAAGACGUCAGCGCUGCAGUGCACAUCUGGGAUUCUUCGUUGUUCUUCAUUGCAAUAUUAUACACCACCUUCUCAAUAAGUGUUUGAUAAAUAUAUGGUUAUCAUAGCAAACGGUCCAGGGCUCACCUGAAUAACUUUAACCAUGCGGUUCUUCACCACAUUUUCCCCUUUUUAAAACCUAUUGAAACCCCAUCCUUCCCCCGGGGUCAUGAAUUGACAGUUUAGGGUAUUUACGUCCCCAGGAUGCUACCAGUAUCACUUAU